CUAGACACAGUUUGAUCUAUUCCAUAUGGUCAAGUAGAAAAAUGGGCGUAGAGACAUAGUGUCCCAUACACCACGCCUCCUUUUCCUGUUAACCACUCGUUUUUCUCACAUUAACCACGCCUCUUUUUCUAGAUGCCGGUUGAUACUUGAGCAAUCGACGUGUCAUAUCGGCCACAAAUUGUCAAGAAUUGAUUAAAAUGUGUCAAAAUCGCUAAAAUUGGAUGCCGAAUUUCAUGAAAAUUGAAUUAAAUAUUUUCCAGUAAUAUGUUAUUUACAGUAUUUUUCUGACAUAUAAGGGCUAUACUGAAACCAACAAAAUGAUUGGGGGCCUUUUUGUCUACAACCACAAAGGCGAGGUGUUGAUAUCCAGGGUGUAUCGAGAUGAUAUUGGCAGAAAUGCUGUAGAUGCCUUCAGAGUUAAUGUUAUCCAUGCUAGACAGCAAGUUAGGUCUCCGGUCACAAACAUUGCUCGCACUUCUUUUUUCCAUAUAAAGAGAGCCAAUAUCUGGAUUGCAGCAGUAACAAAACAGAAUGUUAAUGCUGCAAUGGUUUUUGAGUUUCUCCUUAAAAUCAUUGAAGUAAUGCAGUCAUAUUUUGGAAAGAUUUCAGAAGAAAAUAUCAAGAACAACUUUGUCCUCAUUUAUGAAUUGCUUGAUGAAAUACUGGAUUUUGGCUAUCCCCAAAAUACAGACACAGGGGUUUUGAAGACGUUCAUCACCCAACAAGGCAUAAAAUCAGCUACUAAGGAGGAACAAGCUCAAAUCACAUCUCAGGUCACUGGACAGAUUGGAUGGAGGAGAGAAGGAAUCAAAUAUAGACGAAAUGAGCUCUUCCUCGAUGUAUUGGAGUAUGUGAACUUGCUCAUGUCACCACAAGGUCAAGUUCUAUCUGCUCAUGUUGCUGGCAAGGUGGUCAUGAAAUCCUAUUUAUCGGGUAUGCCAGAAUGCAAAUUUGGCAUCAAUGACAAGAUUGUCAUGGAAGCCAAAGGAAAAGGUGGAGUAGGCGUAACAGGUAGUGGUCCGGACUCUGAUUCAGCGCGUUCUGGUAAACCAGUCGUUGUGAUCGACGAUUGCCAGUUCCAUCAAUGUGUCAAACUGAGCAAGUUUGAAACUGAACAUUCCAUUAGUUUUAUACCGCCGGACGGAGAAUUCGAACUGAUGAGAUAUCGUACGACCAAGGACAUUUCGCUACCGUUCAGAGUAAUCCCAUUGGUGCGCGAAGUCGGUCGCACCAAGAUGGAGGUCAAGGUGGUACUGAAGAGUAACUUCAAGCCGUCGUUGUUAGGGCAAAAAAUCGAAGUCAAGAUUCCUACACCUCUUAACACGUCCGGCGUUCAAUUGAUUUGCUUGAAAGGGAAAGCCAAGUACAAGGCUUCCGAGAAUGCUAUCGUCUGGAAAAUAAAACGGAUGGCCGGUAUGAAAGAAACGCAACUCUCGGCCGAGAUAGAGCUCCUGGAGACCGACACAAAGAAAAAGUGGACUCGUCCCCCGAUCUCGAUGAACUUCGAGGUACCGUUUGCUCCUUCCGGCUUCAAAGUGCGCUACUUGAAAGUGUUCGAGCCGAAACUGAACUAUUCGGACCAUGACGUCAUCAAAUGGGUGCGAUACAUCGGCAGAAGCGGCCUUUACGAAACCAGAUGCUAAGCUCGAAUACUCUUUUUUAAGUAGUCAACGGUGGAUUGUCGUAGGUAAUUGUAUUGAUGCUCUCAGUAAAUGUUGUUUGUAAUGUAUUGGUUCGUAUGGAAAUACGGCAGGGACGUCAAAAUAAUGGCGAAAAACACCUUGUAUAAUAUUGUGAUCUGCUGUGGCUCGAAGAUCUGAAAAAGCACAUAGUUGUGGCGUCGCUGCCGUGUUUUUGCUGUAAACGAAUUGUACCUUCAAGAUGCUGGGGUUGUAUGCUGUGUUAAUUUUGAUCUAAACAGGGUGAUUCAGAAAACUUUAUAUGGCAGAAAGUCGGUUCAAAAAUAAUGCAAAAUUUUCGUAAAACGUGUCCUGGAAUAUCCCCAGUGAAUUAGAAAUUGGACACACUUGACCUCACACAUUUCAAAAAAAAAAAAAAUUUCUAAACUCGACAACAUUGAACAAGGAGAAUGCAAUUGCAUAUUCAUGCAUUGUUCUUAAAGAGUAUCACCAGUGGCAUACAGAUUUACAAAACCUUGCAUUUUGAUGAUGGGGAUCUAACGGGUUUUCCAUUAAGGACUUGACAACUUGUAAACACAAACCAUUUAAGAUAUCUCGAAAAUUUUAUUAUUGGUUAAACAUUUAUGUAUGUAAUUCCACCUCGUACAUACGUCCACCCCACAAAAAAGAGUCUAGAGGUGUUAAAUCACACGAUCUAGGCGGCCAUUCCACUUGACCAUUUCUCGAUAUAAAACGUUCACCGAAUUUUGAUUUCAAUAUGUCGAUUGUUUCACCCGCUGUGUGGCUUGUGACACCGUCUUGUUGAAAACACGUAUCAUUAAUAUCUAGCCGAUGCAAUUGACCAGAAAAAUAACGUUGCAACGUGUCUCUGUAGCGAUCUCUGUUGACUGUAACGUGACGGCCAUUUUCAUCAACGAACAAAAAAACUUCCCAAUGACACCACACCAUACAGUUAUUUUUUGUUGAUGAAGUGGUGUUUCUUGAAGCACAUGACCAAUAACGCUUAUUUUGUUUGUUGACGAAGCCGUUUAGCCAAAAAUGCGCCUCAUCACUGAAGAUGAUUUUGCGAUGAAGUUGGUCAUUUUCUUGCAACAUUUCUAGAGCCCAAUCCGAUAAAAAUGUUUCCUUUACUGAAUGUUUUGGCAUUGACAGUUCGGUAAUCGAUUUAAAGGUGCGUUCACAGUGAAAGUUCAAAGUUGUCAAGUCCCGAUUGGAAAACCCGAUAUUUUAAGGAGCUUUUAUGGACUUUAGAAAUAUUUUCAUUGUUUUUCGAAUCACCUUGUAUAUACAUAUUAUUAUCACAUACAUAUUAUCAAGUAUACUUCAACAAAGACACACCUACAAUCCAUGUACUUGGGUGCUUGUUAGGACUACCCUUUAUUUCCUCUUAUAUAACUGUAUCAAAUAAUCUUUAUCCUUGAACUUAGUUUUAAUUUAGGUACAAUUCGUAUAGAUAUAUCCACAUUGAAAGUAAGUAUUUAAGUGUAUUAUAAAUGCAAUGUCAAGUACCUAAACAGAGGUAUUUAUGGUACAUAGAUGUUAUGGCUUAAAGCAGGUCUUAUGGAUCACUAUGUAAUUGUACACUGGAUGUAAAAGACAAGUUACAGAAAUAAAACAAACAUAUCUAUUCAA